UCUGCUGCCUGUGUAGCCUCGGCUCCGCGCAGACAGUGAGAGACAGCCAUGGAGAGGCGGAGAGCGGACCGUGUUCUUUGUUAUUCCUAAAGUCCUGCAGUUCGCAACUAUGACACUGCUCGCGGCGACUUGUGCCGGUCCCUACGCCCGAUGCGCUCGAAAGCAGCAAGAAGAUUUUCACCGGACUUUUUCUGCAGUGGUGUAAGUAGAGGUCUGGAUCUAAUAGUUGUGCAGUGUGGGCUCUACGGGGACGUGGUUUAUGGAUGCUGGGACUAUGAGCAUAAGCGACAAAAGGGUCUACUUAGCAGACCUGGGAGGCAGCUUCACUGAGGAUGCUCCAAGACCUCCAGUCCCAGGGGAAGAAGGUGAGCUGGUGUGCAGUGAUGGACGCCAAAGCGGCAACCUUGGCUUCUCCUCGAAGAAUGAGAGCCUCAAGUGCGAGGCAUCUGUGGCUACGCCCAGGCGACCGGACUUGGACCUGGGUUAUGAGCCGGAGGGCAGUGCCUCUCCGACGCCACCUUACUUAAAGUGGGCAGAAUCUCUUCACUCCCUCCUGGAUGACCAGGAUGGCAUCCAUCUGUUUAGGACGUUCCUCAAGCAGGAGGAGUGUGCAGAUAUGUUGGACUUCUGGUUUGCGUGCAGCGGCUUCCGCAAACUCGAGGCUAACGAGGGUAAUGAGGAGAAGAAGGUUAAACUAGCGAAAGCUAUCUAUAAGAAAUACAUCUUGGACAACAAUGGAAUUGUUUCCAGACAGAUCAAACCGGCUACCAAGUCCUUCAUCAAAGACUGUGUGAUGAAGCUUCACAUUGAUCCUGCGAUGUUUGACCAGGCUCAGACUGAGAUACAGACUAUGAUGGAAGAAAACACCUACCCCUUGUUCCUUAAGUCUGACAUUUAUUUGGAAUAUACGCGGACAGGAGGAGAGAGCCCCAAGCUGUACAGUGACCAGAGCCCCGUUUCUGGGAAUGGAAAGGGACUGUCGGGUUAUCUACCGACUUUGACUGAAGAUGAGGAAUGGAGAUGUGACCGUGAGUCCGAGGAGCAGCCCGAGUGCGACCCCACACCGAGCCACCGGCUGACUCAGAAGCUGCUGAUGGAGACGGCACCGCAGCGAGUUGCCAGCAGUGCGAGGUUCCAGGACGGUCACGAGUACAGGCAUGCACCGUGCUGGGAGCCCAUCAACCCAUACUACGUCAACACCGGUUAUGCUAUCGCUCCCGCCACCAGCGCCAACGAUAGUGAGCAGCAGAGUAUGUCCAGCGACGCAGACACAAUUUCCCUUACCGACAGCAGUGUAGAUGGGGUACCACCCUACCGAUACCGCAAACAGCAUCGCCGGGAGAUGCACGAAAGUGCCAAAGCAAAUGGGCGAGUGCCACUACCUCAUAUUCCACGCACAAACCGGAUUCCAAAGGACAUUCACGUGGAGCCAGAAAGGUUUGCUGCAGAGCUGAUCAGCCGACUGGAGGGCGUGCUGAGGGAGAGAGAGGCCCAAGAGAAACUAGAGGAGCGGCUGAAGAGAGUUCGAUUGGAGGAGGAUGGUGAUGAAGUCAUCAUGUCCACGGCCACAUCGUUAGCCGGUCACAGGUUCCCCCCUGGUGCUCAUCCGCAGAAUUACAACUCCCGCUAUGCUGACAUCAGCUACAGUGGUCCUUUUCUGAGAGACGCUCAUGAGGAGAACCCCGAGAGCAUCCUGGACGACCACGUCCAGCGGGUCAUGAAGACUCCUGGCUGCCAGUCACCGGGGACGGGUCGCCAUUCUCCCAAGUCACGCUCACCAGACGGUUUCCCGGGGGGCAAAGGGGCGGGACUCGGUACGCCGCUGUCGUCGGGCCAGGGAAAGCACCCAUCCAGGCAUGGCCUCAAGGGAGAGACCAGCCACCUGUACCACCACAAGCAUGCGCAUCACAUCCACCACGCAGGCGUCGGGAAGCCCAAAGAGCAGGUGGAGGCUGAGGCAGCCGCGCGUUUGCAUGGCAGCUUUCCCUGGGGCAUGGAGACGAGUCAUUAUGGAUCCAAGUUGCGCAGCUACGCGGAUGGCAUGGGAUCCAGCCCCAUGGAGCAUACAGGGUAUAGUAGCAAAGGCGGCACACAGUGUAAAAGAAUGUACAAGAAAGGUGAGGACGUGCGGCCUUAUGAAAUGCUGGGGCCUGGAGAGGAGAUCGAGAAAAACCAGAAGAUCCUCUUGUGGCUGAUGGAAGGACAGAAAGAAUUGGUUCAACAUAAGAGAAGCCCAUACGGGAGCACCUCUGGGCCCAAGAGGACCGGGGGCCACGAGGGAUCCCGUGUGGGCGCAGUGGAGAGGUCAGGCUCGGCGUACCCGUGCGUCAGCGCCCAGCUGCGCAACAGCGUGCAGCCGUCUCACCCUUUCGUCCAGGAUCCCACCAUGCCACCCAACCCGGCUCCCAGCCCCCUCAUCCAGCUGGAGGAGGUUUGCCGGCGGCUCGAGGAGGAGAAAAUUAAGUCCGGAACUUUACAGCCCAAGCAAAGGUAUGUGAUGGAGGUGAUCCAGAGGGGUCGCACCGCAGUCAGGCCCGCGCUGUUCCCUCCGCUCAGCGUGGUGCCCGCCGUUUCUGACAGCGAGUUCUCCGAGCCGGAACAUAAAGCCACAAAGAAGCAGCCGUGUGACAACACUGUUGUGGCAUAUUACUUCUGUGAGGAGCAGAUACCGUACAGGACGUCUGUCAAAGGGAGAGUCGUCACUCUGGGCCAGUUCAAAGAACUGCUAACAAAGAAAGGAAACUACAGCCUCAAGGUCCGUACACAUGGACUUCUGCUAUCAAGAGAUACCAUCUUACACCUUUAGUCGCUGCUUAGUUGAUGUAUCAGUUAAGAAAGGGCUGGACUAAGAACUGAUUUCUGAUCUCUAGCCUUCUCCAGCCUUUAUCACAGCUACAUCUUGUGCCUGGCAGGAACAAAGUGUUUAGUGCAAAUGGUCUACUUUUGAUGGAUCACGCUACACCAAAGAGAAAAAAGUGGAUGGUAGGUACAGUUUUGAAAUUACGCUUUGACACUGAUAUUCCUCCUUACUUUGUGGCAGCACUUAUUUUAUCAUAUUUAAUGUUAAAACAUUUAAACUCUUGCAUGAAAGGCCAGAAUGUUUUCGGCAAUGGACAAAGAGGGUGUAUAUGACGGCAGUUUUUGGAUGCACCUCGGUAUGAACUGCUGUUAUGAAAACAGAGACGUUCGGAUGAAACGCUUCAUGAAGCUCGAGGCAAAUUUAGAUCUUGUUAGAACUGCAGUACUGAAAAAAACAAACAAAAACAAAAAAAAAGGUCACAGCCAAAUGUAAAUUUGCUGUCUCCUCUGUUUGGCAGUAUGAAUGACACUUUUGCACUGGAAAAACACACACAAUGAAACUGAGAGCAACAGCACAGAGGUGCUGGGGAAGUGAUGUGACGUUGAGAUUCAGGGCCACUUUUUUUUCUGUUUCUUUUUUUUUCUCCUCAUUGUGCUGGAGACCAUAGUGUGGAAUGUGCUAUAAUAAAAGCCUUUCUUCUCAUGGAAUAACAGGCAGAACGAUGCGCGGAAGUGCUGUAUUGUAUGUGUUGUUGCAUAGACUCCCGGGGUAAGGAAUAGCUUUUCUUUUGUUUUCUUUUCUUUUUUACAUUUGUAUAUUUGAGAUGCUGUUUUUUCGAUCCCUAACUUAAAUCAGUUUAAUAUAUUUAGUGCAUUUGCCUCCAGUGGUCCUUUUGUCUGUUGAUUUACUGUAUACAUUUUUGAGUACUUUAUCAAGUUAAAUACUUUGUGUUAUCUCGAUUUUCACUGUUUAUUUCUUUUGAAAUGUGUCAAAACUCUUAUGAUUCUUACUGUGAAAGCCCCAAAAGCGAACCUCCCUUAUUUAAGAUCAAUGAAAUGUAUAUAAACAUGAGAGUGCCUUUAUUACUAUGCUAAUGAUGUCUGCAUUUUGACUUUCAGACAGAUGUGGGGACAUAAAUGCCAGGGACUAGCUUUAUAUUUUUUAUUUAGACUUUUUUUUUAAAUUGUUGUUCUUUUGCAAAGUUGCUCCUGUUCAGUGAUUGUCGCUAUUCCACCUUUUCUAUGUAAAUAUGUACAACUUAAAUUGUCAUCAACCAGCAGCCCAGUCAGCACAUUCAAGACCCUGGACCUGUAUCUGCUCACUAACUAGCAUGGUUACCGUUUAAAGGUACCUGGACAAUAAAUA